AUGGAGACUGCCGCAAGCAUCAUUGCUGUGCUUCAGCUUUCAGGUUUCAUCAUUACGUACGCAAGAACCGCUCACGGGGCGAGAGAUGAAAGAGAACGUCUUUGUGAUCAGCUUGAAGGCUGCAGCCAUGUUCUUCAACUACUCAAGGAAGACUUGAACGAUCCAAAUGCUAAUCCGACCUGGGCUGUAUCUAUACGCAAACUUGAAUCCGUCAAUAACCCUCUACACAGACUUGCAAAAGCGCUGGAGCCAUUGGAAAGGGAACUUUCCAAAAUUGAUAAAGUACAUGUGCGCUUGACGUGGCCUUUUAAAAGGAUGCAGGUCCUGGAACUGAUGACGACUAUUGACCGAGAGAUGAAUUCUCUGUCCCUUUCUCUGCAGAACGAUUCCGGCAGGUUGCUACACAAUUUGCACGCCCGUUCUCAGAAGAUCAGUCGUCAAAUCGACAAGAUUGCACAAUCGAUUCGAGACAACGCGCAGGCAAACGUUGAUCAUUAUCAAGAAAUGACAAAAGGCAUCUCAGAAAUCCAAACGACUCAGCACACCGUUACAUCUGCACUCGAUCGCCUGCAGAAACAAACUACAAGCAAGGAGGUAGACAUUCAACGCGAGGAGAUACUCCGGUGGAUGACGCCGUCCAAGCAACUCUUCCAGAAUCCAGAAUCAAGAACAAAUCAUCUUGGCAUGGGCAAUUGGGCUGUCCGUUCUGAAGCUUACAAGACCUGGUCCAAUCUCCACAGUCAGACACUAUUCUGCCCUGGCCUUCCCGGAGCCGGGAAAACCUAUAUCACCUCAGUUAUUGCCCAAGACCUACGGAAUGAACAAACGCUUGAGAACCUCUUGGUUAGUCUCCUAAGGCAGUUGGUGGACCAAAUGCGUCUGUUGCCCGAAGCGGUCAUCGACUUGUAUAAGCGGCACCGAGAAGUAGACGGCAUGUUCUUGUUGGCACAACUUCACCUUGAGUCUCUCAAAACAGCGAGAUCACCCAAAGCCGUCCGUAUCCUAUUGAAAAAGCUACGCGCGCGCUCGGUAAAAGACAAUAAAGCAGUGCUUGCGUCUGAAGCUUACGACUACGCUUAUACAGUUGCUAUGGAUCGAAUUCAAGGGCAGCCACAGGGCCAAAGAGAGCUCGCCAUGGAUGCUUUAGCUUGGCUUGCCUUCGCAAAGACGCCCAUGACAAUAGCAAUGUUGCGAGUAGCGCUUGCCGUGGAGAUCGGGGAACCAAACCUUGAUCCAAGUAACAUUUCAGACAUCAAAGACGUCGUCUCUGCGUGCAUAGGUCUUAUCGUGGUUGAUGAGUCUAGCUGCAUUGUCAGGCUGAUUCAUUAUACAGCUCAGGAGUUUUUCCAACGCAAUUUACAGAGAUGGUCACCCAACGCCAGGAGUGAUAUAGUAGCCGUAUGCACCACAUAUCUCUCCUUCCGUGAAAGCGAGGAAGGAGUAGACCCCUUCGAAUGCUCUGAUGUCGAGAGCGCAGACUGGAUUCCUACUGAUGAAGAGGUACUCAAGAUUUACGAUACGGGCAGUGCAGACGCUCCGGUUGAUUUGAGAUAUUACCAUGCAUUCUAUAUGUACGCGAUCGACCACUGGGGCAACCACGCUCGUGAUCUUCCAUGCGUACAUCCGGGCGUCAUGGACUUUCUAAAGCGACCGAAGAAUGUUGAGGCAGCAGGUCUCAAGCUUAUCGACCUGAAGGGUGUAACAGCGCUUCAGCUUGCCGCUCACUUCGGGCUUAGGGAAGUGGUAGCAGAACUUCUCGAGAAAGAGGACUGUGACCUAGCAGCCAAAGACUUUGCCGGUGUCACAGCGCUUAUGGAGGCAACUUCUGAAGGGCGGCAUACCACAGUCGAGCUGCUUAUCGAACACGGCGCUAACAUCGAUGCCGAAGACUACGAUGGGCGUACAGCACUACACAUUGCUGCACUCGCAGGCCGUCAUGUGAUCGCACGCUUCCUGUUGACGCAGGGCGCUAAUGUCAAUGCUCUCGACUUUGGCAAUCAGUCGCCUCUGCUACUCGCCUCAAAACGAGGUCACGAGACCAUCGUCGAGCUCCUACUUCAGCACAACGCUGGUACCGACUUCGCGGAUGAAAACGGCGUUACUCCACUCCUCGUUGCGAUUUACUCUAGAAAGAACCGAAUCGCAGAUAUGCUCUUGGCAGCUGGUGCCGACGUCACUCACCGGGUCCACGAUCAAUCUGCCCUCGAAAUGCUCAGGUCAUACGGAAUUGACCAACCCAGCGACGUAAAGAAGCUAGCUGGUAGGGCCGCACUCUCAUUCAUCGCAGAAUGGACCAUCCAUAUUCCGGGUAAGCGGCGGAACUUCGACCCCCUCAUCCAGGCUCUUGUGGAGGCCGGCGCUGAUGUGAACGACCAAGACUAUCAUGGACGCUCACCGUUGCAUUACGCUGUUAACAGGGGCAAUGACGCUACCGUUCAGAAGCUCAUUGAACUCGGGGCGGACCCUAAUCUUGUAGACGAAGACGGAGAUUCGCCCUGGCUUCUCGCCUUGGAUCGCGUGAACCACGAGAGGAGUUCUCCUUGGCUCCUCUCGACCGUGAGCGAUCUGCAUUUUUGUCCUUCCGGAAUGAGUCUCCACCGUGAUAUUGUCCAAAUGCUCGAAAAGGCGGGCGGAGGUAGCGAAGUGGAAAGAAAUAUCGUCCAAAGAGAGCUGGCGAUUAGGAAGAAAAGGAAGAGAGACGAUACGAAUGAUUCGGAAUCAGAGAAGUUUUCAAAACGUAAUCUAUCUGGUAGAUGA